CGGACAACAAGUACCUGCUGGAAAUAUAUGGAUAAUUGAACAUUAAUUAAGAUAUUUCUUCAUGUUUUUGCCCUUACUAUUUUUUAAUUUGGGACUGGAUUAGAUCUUCAAUUUCAGAGGUACAUCAACUCUUCAGGCCAAAUGAAAUAAUAAAAAAAUGGAUUUAAGUGACUUAGAAUUGACUUGGAAAAGACAAAUAUAAUUGUGUCUAUUAAGUAAAUGUUUGACAUAGUAAUUGGAAGUGGUCUUCAUAAAGUUAAAAUACUGGAGCAAUUUUCGGAGGUCUUUUCAGAAAGGACACAAGGAUUCAUAACAAGAAAUUCUUUCAAAGACACAUUAUGGCUACUAUGAUCAUGCAUGUGAAAUUUUAAAGUUAAAUUAUUGAAACUACGGACAAUCCAGAGAGCUUUGAACCCAAGGAGAAGUGACUCUUCAGGCUAUGUCCAGUAACGCCAACUUGAAGCAUAGCACGUCCGUUUCAUCCCUUGCAUCAAUGGAGAAAGGAAAUACCGAUGACAUCACAUUGUCUUCUCUGUAUGCGCGUCGGACCCCUCUCGGUACAGGACUGGGAACAACUGGGUCAACAAAUCAUAGAACCCAGCCCGUCAAUGAGCGGGGUGACACCCACCGACAUGACGCCGAUAAAGUUGAUCAAAACAUACUGGAUGAAGAACGCAGGUUGCGCAAUCAGCCAAAAGCAAAGCGAAAACGUAGGAAGAACAUGAUUACAGCGAACCUUAACGGGACACGUUAUGAUGUCAUUCGCCAGAUGGCUGAGCAUAUAGGCUACAGUGUGACAAGGGAGGAUGACCCAACAGCGUUUUUGAUCUGGAAUGAUGCCUUUGUAUCAACGGAGCGAAUCUCGGACCUUAAGCCUUACCAGCGAAUCAACCAUUUCCCAGGAAUGGGCGAGGUCACGCGGAAAGACAACCUGGCAAGAAACAUGAUGAAAAUGGCAAAAGCAGUGCCGGAAGAGUAUAACUUUGUACCGCGUACAUGGAUUUUACCGUCCGACUUCAACAUCGUACAGAACUACAUGAAGGACCUGCGUGCACACAAGAAAUCUAAGACAUUCAUCGUGAAACCAUCCAACGGGGCACAGGGGCAUGGUAUUUCCAUACAUCGCAACUUGGAUAAAUUGCCAACAAAUGAGCACUUCAUAGUGCAGGAGUAUGUUGAAAAGCCGCUCCUGCUUGACGGAUACAAGUUUGAUCUACGUAUCUAUGUCCUUGUGACCUCGUGUGAUCCACUCCGCAUCUUCCUCUUCAACGAUGGGCUCGUGAGGAUGAGUACCGAGAAAUACCUGCCACCCUCCGAAAACAAUGUGAAUCACCUGUUCAUGCAUUUAACGAAUUACUCUGUCAACAAACACAACGAGUUCUACGAAAAAGGUGCAAGUCUUGACGCAGGGAGCAAACGCUCCAUAAAAUCAUUUAACGAAUACCUCCGCAGAAAUGACUAUGAUGUGCCGUUGUUGUGGCGAAACAUUAGUGACAUGAUAGUUAAGACCAUGAUAGUGGCGGAGCCUUAUGUGUUACACUCAUAUAGAAUGUGUCGUCCCGGCGCACCACCUGCCAGUGACAGCGUCUGCUUUGAGGUGCUAGGAUUCGAUGUGCUCAUUGACCGGAAAUUACGACCGUGGCUCUUGGAGAUAAAUCGAUCUCCAAGUUUUGGAACAGACGAAAAGAUAGACUUUGAUAUUAAAUCAGCACUUAUAGAAGACACGAUUAGGUUAUUGAAUAUCAAAAUGAAUGACAAAAAGAAGAACAUGAAUGCCCAGAAGCUGGAGGCACAAAAGCGGCUGUUCCGGCCGACUAAACGGGUGUCGGAAACAGCCGACAUGUCAGAAUACGACAAGAAACGCCUCGGCCUAGAACGCAGGAAGGAAGAGCUGAAAGAGCUGUUGCAGCGUGUGAAAAAGGCUGGGACCCGGGAGGACUACGAGAAUCGGAAUCGGGGCCGGUUUAUCCGUAUUUUCCCAACAGACGACAAGGCAAGACAGGAUAGUUACGUGAAACUCCUGGAGGCAGCGUAUACAACGUUCAUGUCUGGCAGGGCACCGUCUAUGCACAAGGAGAUCCAGCUCAUGUAUAAUAAUAAACUGAAGGAGUCGGACAUUCUGGACAUGUUAGCAGAGUGUGACAACGAUGAACUACAGGGUCGGAUGGCCAAUGUUGGCGGAAAACCACAGACUCGUGGACCUAAGCCCCUAAUGAGCAUGCCAUCGUCAGAAGCAAUCCAUACACCGGGAGAGGAGGAUGAAGAUGGGGAAAUGAGCGAGUCCCUGUCCCCACCGGGCUCUCCGUACCGCCAUCAUCUCGCUUUGCGAGGGUCCCGCCCGGGCUCGGUCAACAGUAGAGUCAGCAACCGCAUGGGCAGUGUGAUGUCUCGUCCAAAUUCUGGAGCCAACAUGCAAGGCCCUGGAGGUCGACCAAUCAGUAACACUGGUGGAGUAAUUGGGGACCGGGCUCGGCAGGCAGGCAACCAGAAACUGACCAAUAUACAGAGAUCUAAUGUGGAUGAUUCGUUCCUCACAAACGUGAUCCGUGAGCGGGAGGACGAGCUAACACGUCGUACGCUUUACGCCCUCAAUGACAUGCGCAUCAAGUUUCCCGGAAAGUCUGACCAGGAGGCAGAUACCAUUCUUGAUAAGCUGUAUGAAAACUGGAAGUUCCACAAGCCGAGAAUCGCUUCAUACUGGCUUGUCAAACUGGAUUCCAUCAAGAGACGAAAGGUGAUAGACAUUGUACGUUCAAACGUGCGUGCUGUUUUACAACGUACGUGGCGCGUACCAGACGUGGACAACCUGCCGAUCUACCGCGUGUUCAGUCGAGUGUUCAACCGGCUUCUGUGGAGCCACGGACAGGGUCUGUGGAACUGCUUUGCUGCCUCAGGGAACUGCUCCAGUUGGGAGACAAUUUUCAGCAAGAGUUCUGACGCCAUUGACGAGACGGAAUUAAAUUGUUGUCGGCGAAUUGUGCAGCUGUGUAAAGACUGCCUGCUCAUCGUUUAUCAGUUUGCGGCGGAGGCAAAGACGGCGUCUCAAGGUGGGCCGGGAGAUAGGGAGAAGGAGCAGAUUACCACACAGAGGAGUGAGACAAAACCAGCACUUGUUCCACCAAACACCCAAACAAUGAGUCAGCGAUAUAGCAAGCUUUACGCACGUACGGAGACUCUCUCGUGAUACCCCUUACUGUACACAACGCAAAUGUGCAAUCAUGUAUAAACAACCCGUCAACCCGGGCGCGACAUCAGGAAUAAUACAGCCCAACAACAAUGGAUCAUCAAGGGGAUUUGUAGCUGUCCUCGGCAGUUAAAUAUAACAUUGUGUCAAUAGAAACAAACUUCAUUAUUCUUCAAAUGUUAGAACAGCAAUUAUUGAAAAUAAAGUAUCGAGGUCUUGAGGGUAAAAUGAAGCCUGUUUUAAAGGCUUUUAUUGCCUUCAUUGAGGUGGGAGAGGUGGGUGAUCUUACAGCAUAUAUUAGCUUGUCUGUUUUUCUGAGAAAGAAAGUCAAUGUAUAAAUUGCGAUAUUUUAGUGUUGCGUCACUAAGGUAACCAUGGCCAAGACUCAAAAAACUGUUCUAAGAUAUUUAAACAAAUCUAAAUGGUUUACAUUUUGCCAGAGACAACACAAUCAUGAUAUGCAAGGCCCAUAACUCUGGCUUGAAUAAUUGUUGAGAUAUCAUCCUUUUAAGACUGAAAACCCCCCAAAAAACAACAGAACAUUAUUGGUAUUCUCUCCGCGGGUCCCUUGUUAUGCUUGAAUUACCCACAAUUUAGAAAAACAUUGCCCACUAUUGUGUGAGAGUUGUAUUCUUCCUGAUGUCAUGCUGAUUUCAAAUAAUUAUUAUUUGUUCAUAAUUAUACAUUUUUACUUUGGCCAAAAAAAUAAUGUUUUGUUUCUCAGGCCCUGCCACAUUCAGGGCUUUACAUAUGGCUUCAUUUUUUGUUCUACAAUUUUUUCAGUCGGAAACAAAGGUUUUUAAAUGAUAUUUGAAAAUAUAUUCAUAGGACAUUUCAAAUUUUCUGCAGUCAUUAAUAAAAUUAUUAUUUAGACAAGCACAUCUGUUAAGUUUCUAUUUGGAUACCUCAUGGAAAACCUUGAAGUUUACACAUUAAAAAUAAUGACAGAUGUUUAAUGAAUAUAUCUGGAGAAAAAUAUUUAAAAAUAAUGUGUAAAAUCAGAUAGAUUCCUGCGCAUUCCUUUUUAUAAACAAACAGAGAAACAUAAGGAUUAUUGUUAUUGGCCUUUCUUUUUAUAUAGCAAGAUUAUUAUGCUACCAAUGAAUAUUGUUAACGUUCUAAAAAAAGGUUGGUGUGAUACGUUUUUAAAUGCAGUAAAUACUUUGUUAAGUUCAUGUUUUAUUUGAAUAUUACCAAACUAUUGACACAUAAUUUGUUAUUUAUUUUUACGUUACACAUGAUGGUUACAAUGGAAAAUGUGAUGUUGAGAAUGCCUCGUUUUGUAUAUGCAUAAGUUUGUAUCCAAACUUAAAAGGUUGUUUAGAAAUAUUUAUUGUUCUCUCUUUAAAGUAUAGUUAUAGGUUUAGAUUACAUAAUCACUUUCAUUGAUAUACCAGUGCAUUAGUUUUUUCUCCAUACUUCUCCUCAAAUACAUAUAUGCUACACUAAAGGCCUCACCAACUCAAGUUUUGUUCAUCAAACUGUUUCUGUCUUCCAGAAAUUGUCGGAGACAUGUAAUAACAUGUUUUUACGAUGUCUGAUGAAACUUGGCUUCACAAGAAUUUAUUUUAUUUUUUUCAUUUUUGCAAUGGUCAUAUAAUUUUUUUUUCAAAAUUUCUUUAUGUAUUUUCUGAAAAGUAGGUAUGGUAAAUCCUACAAACUAUUAAUUUGGUGCGGCCUUACAAUAAAAGCUUCAGUAGUUCUUAGAGUGGAUAAAUAAUAAUUUAGGCCCUUUGUGGAUAUAAAUUUUUGAAAUGUUGAUUCUGAAUAAACUCUAUGGUAUUACUACAUGUAUAAUCUCACACUAUAUACUCUGAACGUCCACCUCUAGCUAUGCUGAUAAGCCUGUUUAUAUCUGCAUUACAUGCUAAAAAUGCUUCAUGACUUUAUUUAUAAAAUUUUCUGGUUUAUACUGUUUUACAGUAGCAAAUUUGCUUUUAUUCAUAUUAUCAUAUUUGUCUGUGAUAAAAGCUUAGCUUUGUUAUAGUUACUUUUUAGCAAGAUAUUUUUAAAUUCCACUAUAUUUUAAUUAUGAAGGGUAAUAACUUAUUUCAAUGGGAGUUACUUUUGAACAAUAUUUGGAUAUGGAACAAACAUUGAGAAUAUAAAUGACAACCACAGUGGUAAUAUAAUUAAUUAUAAUUAUAGGCUUAUGAAAUCAGGGCAAUGUACACAUUUGGCCAUUAAAGUGAGAACAAAACUAAUGGACUAAGGUUCUGAUCCACAGUCUUUCACCACAUAUAUAAAUGUGUAUGAUGCCCCUUCUAUUUUUGUUUACUUUUGUUGUAUUUUACACUUUGUCAUCGUAGUGCAAAACCUUUACCAUAACCCUAAACCAGUUUAUGAUAUUUACAUGUAAGAUAUUUACAGGUAACCUGGUAAACAUGUUCCCAGACAUAAUUAUUACAUACCUUUAUAGCAAGGUCCAUAACUCUAGUAAUGCCUUUUGUUUGACUUUGAAGUACAGAUGAGUGUUGGCCUGCACUCCCGGGCACUUUGGUUUUCUGCACAUACAACAAUUUUUUUUGUAUCAUACGGGUGCUGAUUUUCAUAUGUAUACAUGUAUUAUUUUUUUAAUGAAGUAACUACGAAAGCUGCCAGGGUAACCAUUUAAUACAAUUAUUUUGGAUUUAAUCUGAAUGACAAUUUGAAUUAUAUCAUUAAAAUGAAGGUAAGUAUAAAUAAAAAAAAAUCAUCAAAGGUUACUCUCUGCUCUUGGCUUUUUCAAUUUUUUGGUCCAUUUUAAUGUCAUACAAAAUGUAGUUAAUGUAGCUCUUAAAUAUUUUGAUUUGCGAUGACUACCUCUUAUUGUAGAGGAUUGUAUGAGAAGGUUAUUAGAAGAUAUUCAUCAGCCUAUAUUAGAACAAUGAGGCCCACUUAUCAAUAAGCAUAUGACAAAAUAUUGUAUUUGAAGAACUUCCAUUUAUUAUUUAGUGAAUGUAUCAAUUAAACAUUUUUUCUGCCUAAUUCAAAUACACUGCAUCUUAAAACUGAUUAAUCAAACUAUCAUUUUCAAAAAAUAAUUUUACUUCUUAAAAAAUAUUGUUUUAAAAAUUCAUACAAAACGCUAGUAAUGGUGUCUGAGAUAGUGCCAUUUUUGGUAUAUUUUUGAAAUUCGUAGUUAAAAUUUUAGAAUUUUUUUUAGAUUCUUUCACACAACUUGGUGUUAGACAUUAUUUGUUUUCAUUAGAAUCGUCAGUAAUAAAUCAAAACAAAGACUUAGUUUUAACUUAAACCAAUGAGCACAAACUGAAUGAAGGUGUUUGAAUGCAUGGAAAAGCUACAUGUAUAUUUGCCAGUUUUUCAACCAAAGACCUGUUAAAACAAGUUUUGGAGUAGUAGAAUCAUGUCAUUUCUUGUCAUUCAAUGUUAAUAAGGCCUCACCAAGUAAGUGCUUCUAUUGUCAGAUCUACUGCACCUGUUUUUCAGAAAAGGCAAAAUAGUAAAAAAAAAAAACGAUAUUGAUUGUAUUGUUUUGGGUGUUGUUCCAUGCUUAAAUGUUUCAUAAAGCAAAGUUAGGCUUUUUUCAAAAAUCUAAAAUUGCAUUGAAAACAGUAGCGUUUAAAAUUAAAAACGAUGAUCAAUUUAAACAUCAAAGUCUUAUUGAAAGUCCGUAUACACCUUUGGGGGCUGACUGGCCGGUUCUUAUGUCAUAUGAGCCUCAGUGGUGUGUACUAUUUCUUAACAAGUUAUUAUUCAGUAAUUGACAAAUCACCAAUAUUAUUAGUAUCCUACUACUAUAAAACAGUUGUCUGAGUACUAAUUAAUCAAAAUAUUUAGUAAAAUUAUUGUAGAAAAAAAUUGUUAAUUUUUAUUGAUUCAAUUUUUUUUACCAUGGUUGGGUCUCUAAGAACAACAAUUGCAUGUAUAUUUGUAGCAUUUUAUCAUUGUUAAAAAAAUCUGUGAAUGUUUUACAUGGAAUAUUUUAUGCAAUUGUUUUUUAUUUUUUGUGACUGUGAUACUAUUUUACCCAUCCAUUGUGAAUCUGAUUUUGUAAUUAUUUAUGUUAGAAUAUUUAUAUUUUCAAUUGACAUUUCAUGUUAGUUUAAUUGUAUUCAAAAUAACUAUUUUGUUGUCUUACUUUUAUAUUCUAUUAGUUGCUUCAACAUUACUGUUUAAUAAAUGCUUA